CGUACCUUCUUUUUCCUCGUCCGCACACUUCGCAUCAUUACAACGCUAACUUCCAUCGCCAUAUCGUGGCGAAAUCCGCCGUAGUGGGUGCAAGCCAUCAAGCGGAACGUCACCCGACAACCCCCUGGCCUAAUUCUAACCAACCUAAUUCUAACCGACAUCGACGGACUGCUUCAGCUGAGGCCAUCGGGAUUCGGGAACUCCACCGUUCGCAUUUCUCCCUCGGAAUGGGUUCGCAGAACGUCGACCCCACGCCCACCCUCGGGGAAAGUAGUCCCACUGGAAGCCACCUGGAGAGCGGCGCCGAUGCGUCCGUACGUCGCUCGGCCACCAAGAGGCUUCAGCAGGAGUUGAUGGCGCUGAUGACGUCGGGCGACCGGGGCAUAUCGGCCUUUCCCGAGGGCGAGAACCUCUUCUACUGGAGGGCCACGAUCGAGGGUCCACCCGGAACGGUGUUCGAGAAGUCCGUCUACAAGCUGAAGCUGGCUUUCCCCGCCGACUACCCGUACCGGAGUCCCAUGGUGCGCUUCGAGACGCGAUGUUUCCACCCCAACGUGGACCGCCAGGGCAACAUCUGCAUCGACAUCCUGCAGCAUCAGUGGUCGGCGCUGUUGGACGUGCGCACGGUGCUACUCUCGAUCCAGUCGCUGCUCGGCGAGCCAAACGUGGACAGCCCGCUGAACGCCUACGCCGCCAAUCUCUGGGGCAACAGGGAGGCCUACCAGAGGGCGCGCGCCUCGUUCGAGGUCGAGCAAGGCGACGAAAACAAUUCGCAGGGCUCGUAAGCGGACGUAUAGCGGCAUCCGCAGUUUGUCCUGGCGUUCGUGAUGGAGUGAGCCACAUGAGAUUGUGAGAGUUCAGUUUAUGUUCCCAACUCGCUCCUUUUCUUUUUUCUUUCUUUGACCUGCGUGACCUAUAGUUUCGAUUUCCAUAAACCAGUUAGCAACCUCAGGAGCUUCCACCUCGGAAUCUUACUGAAGAAAGAUAACCAACAAAGACCGGUAUGGAGGAGAUGACGUGCAUCUUACAGAACCUGAAAACACUCUUGCGUCCUGUGUUUUACUUUGUAAGCUCGUUUUCUUUGACAACUUACAAGCUGAACACAAUAAACAAGAGCAGCCAUUUUCGGCAGUCUAUU